GCAAAAGCUAAUUCAAAAAUCUUUAUAGAGAGGAAAAUGGAUCCGUUAGGCAACAAGGUGGGACACGGACAGAUCGACGAGUACGGCAACCCCAUCACCGGACACGGUACCACCGGCUACGGCGAUCACCACCACACCGGCGGCUACGGCGCCGAGCACGGGACCGGAGCCCAGCAGCUUCAUGGCCACGGCACCGCCGGCCAUGUUGACCAACACCAUACCGGUGGCUACGGCGCCGGCCAUGCUGUCCAACAACACACUGGUGGUGGCUUCGGCACUGAGCACGGGACCGGAGCCCAGCAACUCCAUGGCGGCGGAGCGACGCCGGGGGUGCUGAGGCGGUCGGGAAGCUCGAGCAGUUCGAGCUCUUCGGAAGACGAUGGACUGGGAGGGAGGAGGAAGAAGAAUAAAGGGAUAAAGGACAAGAUCAAGGAGAAGUUGCCUGGAGGUCAUAAGGAUAGUCAGAACCCGCAGCAGCAUUAUGAUCAGGGUGUGGCUGUAGGAGGGCCGACGCAAGAGACUGAGAAGAAAGGGAUAAUGGAUAAGAUUAAGGAGAAACUUCCUGGGAGCCACGGCCACUUUUCGGCAUUACCAGCACAAGCAAAGAAAGAAACAGAGAGACAGAAGGUGAUUAAGAAGUUUGCAUUGAAGAAGAUGGAUCCGUUGGGUAACAAGGUGGGACACAACAACGAGUUCGGCACCGCCGGCCAUGGUGACCACCACCACACCGGUGGCUACGGCGCCGAGCAUGGCACCGGAGCACAGCAGCUUCAUGGGCACGGAACCGCUGGCCAUGUUGACCAACACCACACUGGUGGCUUCGGCGCCGAGCAUGGCACCGGAGCACAGCAGCUUCAUGGCCACGGCACCGCUGGCCAUGUUGACCAACACCACACCGGUGGCCUCGGCGCCGAGCAUGGGACCGGAGCCCAGCAGCAUCAUGUCGGUGGUGCUACGCCGGGGGUGCUGCGGCGGUCGGGAAGCUCGAGCAGUUCGAGCUCUUCGGAGGACGAUGGACAGGGAGGGAGGAGGAAGAAGAACAAGGGGGUAAAGGACAAGAUCAAGGAGAAGUUGCCGGGUGGUCAUAAGGGUGAUCAGAAUCCGCAGCAUCAUUAUGAUCAGGGAGUGACCGCCGCUGCCGGAGGGCAGACGCCUGAGACUGAGAAGAAAGGAAUACUGGAAAAGAUCAAGGAGAAACUUCCUGGGAGCCACAGCAACUGAUGGGACUGUGCAGAUUUGGUGAAUAAUGGGUUGGUUUGCGGUGUUUACUAAUAAAGAUGGUUGGUGUGAGCGUGCUAUUGUUUGCGGCCACGCUUCUAUUUGUAUUUCCUUCUUAUUUUCUGCUUGUUUAUUGUUGUAUUUCAUGAUCAUGAUUAUUAUUGUCGUCUAUGUUUUAUAAUAAAAAGGGUGUGUGAUAUCUUGUCUUUUAAA